UGUAUAAAAUUAUGCUCAGAAGAGAUUUGAGUAUACUCCGUUCUGCUUUAAUGCCAUAACCUUCUCUCUUCUCUUUCAAUAACACAAUGUUUUUUCAUCAAAUCUUACUAUUCUUAUUGCUCGGAGAAUGUUCUGGGGAUCUGAUUACACCAUUCACCGAUGUAGUUCUGGCUUUGGAGGGAGACAGAGUCACUCUCUCCUGUAACUACUCUGCAACAGUUAACAGCCUCCAGUGGUAUCUCCAAUAUCCCAGAUCAGCUCCACAGUUCCUCACCAUGGAGCACAUAACCAAUAAACCUGGAUUCACUGUAAAACAUGAGAGAGAGAAGAAAUGUUAUCACCUGGAGAUCUCCUCUGCUAAAGUGACAGACUCUGCUCUGUACUACUGUGCUCUGGUGCCCACAGUGAUAGGAAGCCCAGACACACUGUACAAAAACCCUGACAUAGUAAGGGGGGAGGGGCCUCAUAUGUCUCACUCACAGUAUCACUUAGUGGAAUGCCUGAGAGGAAAGACACAUGCAGCAGUCUCUGUGAAGAUGGAGACCUCUCUCAGAGUUCUGAUUGUAAUAAUUACUACAGGACUCAUAUGUGGAGAUCAUCUGACCCCUGAGAAGACUGAGGUCACCUCCACUGAUGGAGAAUCUGUCACACUGAGCUGCUCCUAUGACACAAGCAGUAAUGAUGUUUGGCUUCACUGGUACAGACACUAUCUGAAUCAGGCACCUCAGUUCAUACUGUAUAAAGGAGCAAGAUAUAGGAGUGGUUCUGACCAUAUCCCUGAUACACGUUAUGAAUCCAAAACAUCCAGGACAACUACUGAACUCACAAUUUCAAAAGUGACUCUGUCAGACACAGCUCUCUACUACUGUGCUCUUGACUACACAGAU